GACUAGAGCUGUGUAAUAGUCGCGGCGCCAACAUUUCUCUACAAGACAUGAACUCGUCUGCGUGUGGCUCACUGUUGCAGGUGUGCAGACAAGGCAGUAGGAGCUGUCCCCCAUGGAUAUGGAGACGAGAGAGUCACUGGCAAACGUCUCUGCUGACACUACGCUCUACCAUGCCAAUGAGAGCGGAGCCAAAGAAGAAGAAAAAAGCAGAUCCUAAAAGGGAACAAGCAAUACGUGAACGUAUGAAGAAAAAGUUAAAGAAACUGGAGCGAAUCCCUCCUCAACUCAUCCCCAUUGAGGAUUUCAUAAAGCCUUCAAAAUUUCUAGAUGAAACGAGAGUGAGGACCCCACCUAAGAUAACCCCAGAAGAGCAGGAAAGAAGAGCGCUGUUAAUGAAGACAUGGGCAUUAAGCAAGCAAAAAGAACAUGAAGCAGAAAACACGGGACUGGAAUCACUACUGGAGGCUCAGGAAGAGGCUCUGCGUGAACUGCGGCUUGAGUCAGAGGAGUUGUACAAUGCAUCUAUACUCACUGAUCCAGGAUUACUUCCAUUAGAGAGUCAGGGACCCUGUAACACUCCUCCUAUAACUCAGUAUAAUGCACCUGAUGGGAAGUACAAUGAUAUCACUAAAGUGUACACACAAUAAGACUGCAUAAGGACUGUAUGCAUUUAAUAAUAUCAGAGGCAAUGCCUUAUCUCAGCAGGGAAGCCUACACUGUCUGUGUGCAAACUGAGAUAGGAGAGACUUAAAAGCUGCCUCAAAGAAAUUUCACUUCAAUCUUCUAUUGUCAAUGUAUGAAUAUUGCUAGCAAAAAAUAAAGGUAACAUUAUUUAAAA